CACAGGGAGCAAGACAAGGAAGCCACCGUCUACAUCGGCAACAUCGACGAGCGCGCGACCCCAGCCAUGGUCUACGAAAUCAUGCUCCAGAUGGGCCCCAUCCACAACAUCCACAUGCCUCGCGAUCGCGUCACCCAGACGCACCAGGGCUUCGGCUUCGUCGAGUUCCGCACCCCCGCCGACGCCGAGUACGCCGCCAACGUCAUGAACGGCAUCAAGCUCUACGGCAAGUCGCUGCGCGUCAACAAGGCCAGCGCCGACAAGCAAAAGGCCGCCGAGGUCGGCGCCGAGCUCUUCAUCGGCAACCUGGACCCCAUGGUCGACGAAAAGAUCCUCUACGACACCUUCUCGCGCUUCGGCCCGCUGCUGAGCAUCCCCAAGGUCGCGCGCGAGGACAGCGGCGCCAGCAAGGGCUUCGGCUUCGUCAGCUACGGCGACUUCGAGAGCAGCGACGCCGCCAUUGCCAACCUCCACGGCCAGUACAUCCUCAGCAAGGAGGUCUCGGUGCAGUACGCCUUCAAGAAGGACGGCAAGGGCGAGAGGCACGGUGACCCGGCAGAGCGAGCCCUCGCCGCCCAGGCAAAAGCAAGAAAUCUCCUGCCUGAGGCCCAGCCCCUGCCUCAGGCUUUCCUCAUGAACGGCUCUGCCGCAGCAGCUCCCCCUCCUGCUGCUGCCGCCGCCGCCGCCGCCGCCGCAGUCCCUCCGACCGCCCCAGCCGGCUUCGACUCGAACCCGCUGGCUGCCAUGCCCCCCGUUGGCGUACCUCCGCCGCUGAUGGGUACGCCCACGCAUGCCAAUAUCCCGAGUGGCUUCGCUGCUCCUCCGCCUCGCGGACCUUCUCCCUACAAUGCCGGCCCCGGCCACGUCCCCAACGGCUUCGGGCGAGGCUCGGCUGCCCUCCCGCCAGCACCUUCAGGCCUACCCGCGCGGCCCCCCUCCAUUCCGAGCGGAUACACGAACCCUGCGGACUUCCAUCCGUCUGCCUUCCGCCCUCCGUCUGGUCCCCCGGGCAGCGCCCCGCCGCCGCAGGGUUUCCCUGCUGUCCCGCCUCCUGGCUUCCCCGUGCCUCCUCCACCUGGACCUACGGGGACGCCUCCCGUGCCGCCUCCGUUCAUGCCACCUCCGGGCUUCCAGCCUCCGCCUGGCUUCGGCCGUCGAUAA